AUGAAGUUCCUCAUCACCCUCGCCAUCGCCAUCACCAGCGUCUCUGCCGCCAGCACCGUCCCGCCUCCAACCAACACGCAAGCUCCUCCCAUCCCCGAGGGCGGCGACAAGGACUGCCUCGCCAACUACAUUGUCAGACAGUGCCUCCAAACCGAAAACGACAAGCUCGCAGCCUGUUCCGCCACCGACUACCAAUGUCUAUGCUACGCCGCCCAAGCCAUUGCAACCUGCUACAAUAACUGCCCCAACGACAUUCGCGCCCCCUCCGCCACGCAAGCCAUGAACGCCCAUUGCCGUAACGCCUCCCUCUACGCAACCACUUCCACUGCCUCUUCCACCGCAACCCCAACCGCCUCCACCACCGAGGCUCCCAACUCGACCGACGUGCCCAGCGGCUCACUCUCCUUCUCCGCCGCCAAUCCUACCAAGACGGGCGGUGCGGAGAGCCUCGCUGGCAAUGCUGCUGGUUUGCUUGCCGCCGUGGCCGGCGCCGUGGCUGUUGUCUUGUAA